GCUCCAACUUUUGCUCGCAUUUAAUUUUAUUUGGUCGCCUGCUAACAGCGACAUCGGUUGCGUCUCGCCAGAAAGGGAAUCGGGAACAAUAACAUAAUCAGCAGAGUACCGUUAGCAUCACAAGCAUCCCUGUGUUAUCCCAUUGCCGCGAAUCAAUUGUUAAGUGAAUAUAUUUUACCGUUAUCCGUUGACCCCGGAGUGCAAUCCAUAAUCUCUAUGGCUGGACAAUUGCAAAUGCUGUAACUGUAACUGUAACUGUAACGCCAAGAACACGAAUAUUGUCAACAAAGUCGUAAAAAAAUAUAGCACACGAAAAAAAAAAAAUAUCAAAGCGAAACAAAAUAAAGGAAGAAACAGAGCAAAGAGUGCAGCAAUAAAUUAAUUAUAAAAUAAACGCCAUCCGAAAGCUCUGGCUUAAUAUGCAGCAGCUCUAGGGAGACGUAGGACCCAGGACAUAGGAUAAAUAGAAGCUUUAACUGAAGAGAGCUUAGUCUUAUAUAUUUUUACCCUCCCUCCAUUUCCCGCCUGGCCAAAACAGCAAAAUGGUUCAUGGACCGCCGGCACGCAGAAAAUCCCAGCAGCAUCAGCAUCAGCAGCAGCAGCAGCCAUGUGAGAUGGACAUGGAGCCACAGCCCACGCCGCCGGACGGAGGCUGGGGCUGGAUGGUGGUCUUUGGCUCCUUCAUGAUACACAUAGUCACCGAUGGCAUGACCUACUCCUUUGGCAUCUUCUACAAUGAAUUUGUGGAUUACUUCAACGAAGGCGGCGGCUAUACGGCCUUGAUAGCCUCCAUAAUGGUGGGUGUGACCUUCUCGUCGGGUCCCAUCAGCUCCUCCUUUGUCAAUCGUUAUGGCUGUCGGGCAGUGACCAUAGCGGGCUCCAUACUGGCCGCCGGCUGCAUCAUCGUCAGCAUGUUUGCCCAGAAUGUGCUCACCCUGAUCAUCACAAUUGGCUUUGGUACAGGUCUGGGCUUUGGCCUGAUCUACCUGCCGGCAAUUGUCAGCGUGACGCAGUACUUCGAGGCGAAGCGAUCUCUGGCUACGGGAAUUGCUGUGUGCGGUUCAGGAUUUGGCACCUUUGUCUUUGCACCGCUAACAGAGUUUCUGAUUGGCAAUUAUGGUUGGCGUGGAGCAUUGCUCAUUAUUGGCGGCAUUGUGCUCAAUUGCAUUAUUUUUGGUGCCAUGUUCCGUCCACUGGAGCUGGAGACAGCGCCGCAGACGCCGCCAAAUACGCCCAGUACACCAAAAGUGGGCAAGAAGUCGGCCAUUAUAGAUCAGAAUACCACGCAGGCGGAGCUGGAGCCACUGAAGAUUUUGCCCAAGGAUCAGUACCUACAGUUGCCGACGGUGACGGGAGGAGGAGGAGGACCCCUGUGUCGCUCCAAUAGCGUGGGGCACAACCUCAAGCCCAGUCUGAACAACAACUCGAAUGUGGCUAUCAAUGGCCAGCAGCAGGCACCCACCCUGGUCACUCCACCCACCUCGGUGGUGGUGGUAAAGAGCACCAGCAACGAUGACAUUGCCCGCAAGUUCCACAGCCAGCUGCAGUUGACGCCGCUGAAGGAUGCCCAUCGGGAGAGGAGUGCCAGCGGUACCAUGUACCGUCCAGAUGCACUCUACCAGGGCUCCCUGCACAACCUGCCCGACUAUGUGAGCUCUAGGAAUGAUCUGAACCGCUCCAUGUCUGGUUCAGGAGUGAUCAAGCGCUAUGGAUCCCUGCGACAGAACAAUAAUCUCUCCCAGAGUCAGGAGGACACCAAAUGCUGUGGCUGCAUCACCUGCUCCAAGGAGACCCGCGACACCUUUGCCGAAAUGAUGAACUUCUCGCUGCUCAAGGAUGCCAUUUUUGUGAUCUUCUCGGUGUCCAACUUUUGCACCAGCAUCGGUUUCAAUAUGCCGUACAUUUAUGUGGCGACCUAUGCCGAGACCCUGGGCAUAUCCAAGUCGGAUGCCAGCUAUCUGAUAGCCACCAUUGGUGGGGCCAAUACAGUGGGUCGCAUUAUCCUGGGCUACAUAGCGGACAAGCCUUGGGUGAAUCGUUUGCUGGUCUACAAUCUGUGCCUGACUCUCUGCGGCGCGGCCACUUUGAUGGUGCCAAUGUGCCAUGACUACCGCUCCUUGGCCCUAUACUGCACUGUCUUUGGUUUCACAAUUGGCGCCUAUGUGGGCUUGACCUCGGUCAUUCUGGUGGAUCUGCUGGGGCUGGACAAGCUGACCAAUGCCUUUGGCCUGCUGCUGCUCUUCCAGGGCGUUGCCAGCUUUAUGGGUACCCCAAUUGGAGGUUGGAUGUAUGACUACACAAAGUCGUACUCGCCGGCCUUCAUUCUGGCAGGACUGAUGAUAGCCAUCAGUGGCCUGGUGAUGUUUGCCAUUCCGCCGCUGCAGCGGUUCCAGGCCCGCAAGUCGGAGCAGAAGGCCCAUGCAGAGCACAUGUCCCUAAGUUAGUGUUAUCCUUCUUUGUUUUUUUUGUUUUUUUUUUUCUAUUCUAAAACAUAUAAAUAUAUAUGUUGUUUUUGAUAAUAUUAAGUCCUAGACCUAGGCCACACCUGUAUGUAUGUAUGUAUGUAUAGCAUAUACGAUUAUUUAUGUAUAGGCAACUUCCCCCAAUCCCUGACUCCCUCUCCCAAAUGCUUACCUAUCUAUAUAUAAGUACGUGAAUCCAUAUGCAAAUUGUACUAGAGAAAUUAUUGUUAUUCUAUUAUGACUGUGCGUGUGUGUGUCCGCCAUUAAAGCUAGCUUUUUGUACAACAAACAAA